AUGAAGAACCAUGAAAUAUGCGUUUUGCCCUUUAAAGUAAAACCGGACCAGUCCGACAGAUCUGUCAUAUGGAGAGAGAGAACCGGGCUUACUCCUUUUAUUUUAAAGCAAGAGGCUAAAAAUUUUCAUAUGCCAUCUUUCAUUCAUUAUAUGAUGAAAUCAUCAGAUACGUAA